AUUUGUGCUUGCAUCACCAUCUGAAGGAUUGUGGUAGUUAUCUGCUUCACGAGUCAAAUCGAAGCAGCAGAAUGAGGCGCACUGUGUCUUUAAGAAAACCGGAAGUGAUUCUGCUCUGUUGACUUUUCGCUUUCCAGAUCCCCCCCAUCAGCGGAGCUCCCGGUGAUGAUUAUGAUCUCCCGUCCUCUUCUCUGGGUUUUUGGUGGCAGUGUGAGGCGCUGCUGGCGACACCGAGGUGUUGUGGACUUCCGCUGCUACUCUUCUUCCCCGGUCAUGGAGGACAUCCUGACGCGAGCUGCUGGACUCUUCCCCUCGUACGAAACGAGAGAAAAAACGGCGCCUCCUCCUGAGGCCAACACCGCGGACUUCAUGCGGUUCUACGGCAGCCUGGACCAGGAGCAGAAGCUCGGCUUCCUGAGCAAACUCUCCCAGGAGUACGGAGUUGAACAUAAAGUGGUUUCGGAGCUGGCUGGGAAGCUGCUGGACGCUCAGCACAGGGACGUGGCCACCGUUCUGCAGGUGGAAGACAGGCUGCGGUACAGUUUGACUCCACGCUACAAACACUUACUGAGCCACAUCAGCAGGGUGCAGGGCGGAGUGAAGUUUCUGGUGGACCUCCGAGCCGAUGUGCUUGACAUUAUAUCAUCCAAAACCAGCGAAAGCACGCACAUCAGGGACUUGAAUGUCACGCUGAAGAGUUUACUGUCUGAGUGGUUCUCAGUAGGUCUGCUCCAACUGGAGAGAAUCACGUGGCAGUCCCCCUGUGACAUCCUGCAGAAAAUCAGUCAGUAUGAGGCAGUGCAUCCUAUAAGAAAUUGGACAGAUCUGAAGCGCAGAGUUGGGCCGUACCGCCGCUGUUAUGCCUUUACCCAUGCAGCCAUGCCAGGAGAACCCCUUGUUGUACUGCACGUAGCUCUCACUGAAGACAUCUCUGAUAACAUACAGAGCAUUGUCCGGGAGUUUGCCACGAUCGACUCUGAAGAGGAUGUGAAUAAGAUCAAUGCAGCCAUCUUCUACUCCAUCUCCUCUACCCAGGCCGGCCUACAAGGAGUGGAGCUCGGCAACUACCUCAUCAAAAGGGUGGUCCGAGAACUACAGAGCGAGUUCCCUCACAUGGCCCAGUUCUCAAGCCUUUCUCCCAUCCCAGGCUUCUCCACCUGGCUGCAAGGUUUUCUCAACCAGUACAGAAAAGAAGGCCGGGCCUCUGACCUCCUCUCUGAGCAGGAGUGGAGGGAGGUGGAGCAGGCCACAGACUCAGCCCCAGGGGCCCCGGCUACAGACGCACUCCGCAAACUAAUCGGCACCAGUGAAUGGAUGCACUCUGAGAGGCUGACCCGUGUGCUGGAGCCCGUCCUGAUGAGGCUUUGCUCCUGGUACUUAUACAGCGAGAAGAGACGAGGUUAUGCCCUCAAUCCGGUCGCCAAUUUCCAUCUGCAGAAUGGUGCGACCAUGUGGCGAAUCAACUGGCGCGCGGACAGCAGCCCCAGAGGCACGACAAACUCCUGUGGCAUCAUGGUGAACUAUCGUUACUUCCUCAGUGAGACGUCUAACAACAGCGCUCUCUACCUGCAAAAUAAGGUCAUCACAGCAUCAGAGCAGGUGUUGGGGCUGGUGUCCCAGUUUCAGAAGAACAGUAAGCUGUGAGAGUUUUCACUCAUAAACUUCCAAUGAUUUGCACAAAUUGUUCUCUAAUAAAAAAGACUGAAUGUGGAUAUUUUGAAGAUUCUACUUGUAGUGUUAAAUAACUAAUAAAUUACAUUUUGAUGUAA